CCUGGGCAGCUUGGCGGCGGCGGCUGCGCGCGCGCGACCAAUGGAGUGGGUCCUGGCAGAGGCGCUGCUCGCGCAGAGUCCGGACCCCCGGGUCCUGCUCGGGACGCUGUGCGGCGGGGAGGCGUCGGCGGAGCGCGUGGAGACGCUGCGCUUCCUUCUGCAGCGGCUGGAGGACCAGGGCGCGGGUGCGGGCGCGCUCCCGGAGGCGGCGCGCGAGGUCGCCGUGGAGUACUUGGUGCCGCUGCUGCGCGGCCUGCGUGAGCGCCCGGGCGGCUCCGACGCCGGCCCGCCGUGCCGGCGCCAGCGCGUGCUGCGGGCGGCGGGCGCGGCGCUGCGCUCGUGCGCCCGGCUGGCUGGGCCCCCGCCGCUGGCCGCCGCGCUCGCCGAGGACGCGCUGCGGGAGCUGCAGGCGGCGCGCGCGCCGGGCGCCCUGGCGGCCCUGGAGGUCCUGGCGGCCGUCGGGCCCUGCCUGCGGCCCCGUGAGGACGGGCUGCUGCUGGAGCGGGUGGCGCGGGCCGCCGUGGCGCUGGCGCUGGCCGGGGACGGGUGCUCCGAGGACGCGGCGGCGCUGGUGGCCGUGCGGCUGCUGCCCGCGCUGGGCCAGUGCGGCGGGGCGGCAUUGCGGGCCGUGUGGGAUGCGCUGGCCGCGCCGGACGCGCCCUCGGGCCCCGGCCGCAUCGGGCCGGAGCUGCUGGUGCUGAGCGCGCUGGCCGAGAAGCUGCUGCCCGAGCCCGGCGCGCGCGACCCGGGCCCCGACGCGCGGCACUGCGCGCGCUUCUGGAGGACGGUGCAGGCGGGGCUGGGCCGCGCCGAUGACGCCCUGACGCGCAAGCGCGCGCGCUACCUGCUGCAGAGGGCCGUGGAGGUGUCCGCCGAGCUGGGUGACGACUGCACCUGCGGCCCCCAAGACGCCACGGGCCCAAGUCUGUUUUGGUGGUCUGAAAAGAAAAAAGAUGAGCUUCUGAAGUUUUGGGAAAAUUACAUUUUAAUUAUGGAGACUCUAGAAGGAAAUCAGAUACAUGUUAUAAAGCCAGUCUUACCAAAGCUAAACACUCUGUUUGAGUAUGCAGUGUCAGAAGAAAAUGGCUGUUGGCUCUUUCACCCCUCCUGGCAUAUGUGUAUUUACAAAAGAAUGUUUGAAAGUGAAAACAAAAUCCUGACCAAAGAAGGUGUUACCCAUUUUUUGGAGCUGUAUGAGACAAAGUCUCUUCCAUUUUCACCAGAACUUUCUGAGUUUAUUGUUGGACCGCUAAUGGAUGCACUUUCCGAGAGCUCUCUGUACAGCAGGUCCCCAGGCCAGCUGGUAGGAAGUGGUUCUCCACUGGGAUUAAAAUUACAGAAGUUUUUAGUCACUUAUGUUUCCCUUCUUCCAGAAGAAGUAAAGAGCGGUUUCCUGCUGACGUUUGUUCAGAGGAUGACAAGCAGACACUGGUGUGCGGUGCCCAUUCUGUUUCUGUCUGAGGCUUUGGCCAGUGUCCCAAGAUGCAAGGUCCUGGGCGUGGAGGGGCUUCUUGCGCUCAGGGAUGUCGUCCAGUGUACCAUGAUCACGCACCAGAUUCUGCUGAGAGCCUCUGCACAGUGCUAUCUUCUCCAAACCGCCAUGAACUUGCUGGAUGUGGAGAAAGUGUCGCUCUGUGAUGUCUCAACUUUUCUCAUGUCCCUGAGACAAGAGGAGUCCUUAGGACGGGGAACCAUAUUGUGGACAGAGCUCUGUGACUGGUUGCGGGUUAAUGAAAGGUAUUUUAGGCAGUCCUCCAUUGGCGGCUCCAAUGGACUCUGUGAGACAUCUUUAAAUGCUUACGUGAAGAGCCUCGUUCAUGAGUGUGUUCAGUCCCCUGCUUGGGAAAGAGAAAGCUGCUCUAUGCCUGACGGGUCGGAAGCCAGGCUUACAGCCCUGAUGGUGUUGCUGGCUGUGGAUGUGGAAGGAAGGAAGGCCCAACACAGUGAAAAGCAGAGGACACAGAAUGUGCUGAGGAUAUUCUUAGAUCCCCUGCUGGAUGCACUUGGGAAGCUUGGCACAAACGCCUACAUGCCCCUGCUGAGGACGGACAGAUGCCUCCAGCUGCUGGUGAGGCUGCUCCAUACCUGCGGGCCGAGAGGGUCCAGGACCCAGGACGAUGAGGUGUCUGCUCUUCUCCAGGACUUUGUCUUGACUGCCUCAGAGAGCAUGGCUCAGUUCAUCCUCCGGAGACUCGCCAUGAAUGAGCUGCAGAGUAUUGCAGAUCUGGAUCGCUGUCAGUUGUACCUGAUGGUGUUCACUGAGCUCACAAAUCUGCAUGUGAAGAUGGGCUGGAAAAGGGGGAACCCCAUUUGCAGAGUUAUUUCUCCUUUGCAAAACACAUCCAUUCAGCAUCUUCAGGAGUCAGACAAUGGGCAGGAGCUGACGCUUGGUGAUCAGGUCCAGAGAGUGGUCAGCAUGGCCACCCUGGCUGCGGUGUGUGAGGCCAUUGACCAGCAGCCUGUGUUGCAGCCGGAUUCUCUCGAUGCUGGGCCUGUGGACAGGUUUCUCUCUGCAUUUCCAUUUAAUCAGAUGCUGCAGAAGCCCCGCUGCCAGGAGCACAGCAGUGUUUUUGAAGAAUCGUCAUCUUCCCAAGGAUGGGGGAAGAUCGUUGCACAGUAUAUCCACAGCCAGUGGGUCUGCCUCUCCUUCCUGCUGAGAAGAUACCACACCCUCAUCCCCGCCCCCGAAAGUGGCGCUCUGGAGCCCUACCUCCCCGCUGUCCAGAUGCCGGGGCACACCCUGCAGUCAGCACUGGAUGCCCUGGCCAUCCUCCCUGCUGACCGGGUCCUGCCUGUGUUCCGCUGCAUGAAGGUGCUGGUUCCCAAGCUCCUGACCUCCUCUGAGUCACUCUGCACAGAGUCUUUUGACAUGGCUUGGAAAAUCACGUCUUCUUUGAGCAACACUCAGUUGACGUUCUGGCCUAACUUUAAAGCUUUCGUUCAGUUUGUUUUCGAUAACAAAGUUCUUACCAUUGCUGCAAAAGUCAAGGGCCAGGCAUAUUUGAAAAUAAAAGAGAUUAUGUACAAAGUAGUUGAAAUGUCUGCCAUAAAAACAGGGGUCUUCAAUAUACUGAUAAGUCACUGCUGCCGGUCUUGGAUGGUGUCUGCUCCCAGCAGACCCCAGCGGUCUUUGUCAGGUGCUCAGGAUUACAGCGAACUUGUCCUGGAGGCCUGUGUGUUUGGACCUGUGUUUCGGCGUGAUCAGAGACUUAUCCAGGAUGUUCAGGCCUUCAUAGAAAAUCUCGGACACAACUGUGCGGCCAACGUUGUUUUGGAAAAUAGUAAAAGAGAAGACUGUUACGUGAGGAUUUGUGCCAUCAAAUUCUUGUGUUUAUUAGAUGGUUCGAACAUUCCCCACAAGCUGUUUUUGGAAGAUCUCACACUCAAGCUGUUGGAUAAAGACGAGUUGGUGUCCAAGUCCAGAACUCGGUACUAUGAGAACUCUCUACAGCACCGGGUGAAGAACCGGAUCUGGCAGACGCUGCUUGUCCUUUUCCCCAGAUUUGACCAGCACUUCUCGAAUGGAAUUAUUGACAAGAUUUUUCAGGCUGGCUUCACCAACAAUCAAGCUUCCAUAAAAUAUUUUAUAGAGUGGGUCAUCAUUUUGAUGCUGCAUAAGUUCCCACGGCUUCUUCCCAAGUUCUGGGAUUGUUUUUCUUUUGGUGAAGAAAGACUGAAAACGAGUGUCUGUACAUUAUCUGUCUUACCACAUUUGGACAUCAUCAUUGAAAAUAUUCCAGAAAAGAAGCCGGUGCUGAAGCAGGCCCUGAUCGUCACGCUGCAGUGGUGUCUCAGCCACAACUUCAGUGUUCGGUUGUACGCGCUGGUUGCUCUCAAGAAAGUCUGGCACAUGUGCAAAGCAUUGUGUGUGGAAGAGUGUGAUGCGUGGACUAAAGUGAUUGAGGGCAGCCUCAGCCAAGCGGAGAGCAUGCAUGGAGCAGGGAACGCCAAGAGGAACUGGCAGCGCAUCCAGGAACACUUCUUUUUCUCGGCAUUUCACCCGCUUAAGGAUUACUGUCUGGAGACCAUAUUUCACACCCUUCCCCGGCUCUCGGGCGUCGCUGAAGAAGAGUGGCUUUCCCUCAGUAAAUUUGUCAGCUUCACAGACGUGCCUUCUGAUGCAGCGUCACCGUGGUACCUCCCUCAGAGUCCACUGUCUGUGCUGAGCCCUGGGGACUGGGCCCAGCAGGAUGCAGGAUCUCACCCGGGUGAGGAAGAAGACCAGCCUGAGUGGGCUGACGUGCAGAGGAAGAUCAUCCCGUGCGGUCUCAGUGCAGACGUGGACCUGGAGCCCGGAUUCCAGCACCGUGCAGCCAGGCUCGGAAAGUCUGUUAGCAGACUGAUUGUGGUGGCCUCGCUCAUUGACAAACCGACCAACUUAGGAGGACUGUGCCGCACCUGUGAGGUGUUUGGGGCCGCGGCGCUCGUGGUUGGCAGUCGCCAGUGCAGCGACAGGCAGUUUCUGCACCUCAGUGUCUCAGCAGAACAGUGGCUUCCUCUGGUGGAAGUGAAACCAGCUCAGCUCACCCACUACCUGCAGCAGAAGAAGGCCGAAGGCUACACCAUCAUCGGCGUGGAGCAGACGGCCCGGAGCUCCAGCCUGGCACACUUCUGCUUUCCCGAGAAGUCUCUGCUCCUGCUGGGAAACGAGCGGGAAGGGAUUCCAGCGAGCCUCAUCCAGCAGCUGGACGUGUGUGUGGAGAUCCCGCAGCAGGGUGUGAUCCGCUCGCUGAAUGUCCAUGUGAGUGGGGCCCUGCUCAUCUGGGAGUACACCCGGCAGCAGCUGCGUCAGCGGGCGACCCCGCACCCUGAGUGCCUGGCCUCCCCCAGGAGCUCAGAGGUGCCGGGGUGACCUGCGCUCGAUCUUCUGUGAUUUAGUGCCCAAACCUUUUUGUGUGCCUUAAAUAUAUCACUGUAUAUGGCCCCUUGGGUAACCUUUUAGCUAAACUGUAUUGCUUCUUUAAU